CUGGAAAGGCAACGACGUGAUCGUGGCGUACACAGGCCACUGAAACUCCCAUAUUUCUCAUCCUUCCGCUCCCGCUCCCGCUCCCGCUCCCGCUCCUACCGGAAAGCAUUGAGGAAGGAUUUAGCCUCAGCCCCAGCCAUCUCGGAGUCUCCUUGCUCCCUAGUUCGAUCCUUGGCAUCCCUACUAGUCCGCAGCCGCAUUAGCAACCUCAGCCGUCCACCUCCCCCCGCGGUCUCGCUCCUGCAACCACAGGCUUCAAGGCUCGCCCUGUUGUGCUGCUCUCAUCUCUGGAGCUGUUAGGAGAAACACUUCAUUGGUCUAGUGAGAUAUCAUAAACGAGGCGAAAUUGAAAUAUGGCGGAUUGGGAUGAAGAAGAGUUUGAACCAGAAGUGCCUGCGAUUAAAAAAGAACAACCUAAAGGAUUGUGGGAUGAUGAGGAUGUAGAUGAAGAAGAUGUAAAAGAAUCAUGGGAAGAUGAAGAUGAUACCACAAAGGCACUAAAGAAAGAAUCGGUUGCAGAGAAAAAACCUGCACCAAAAACAGCCAAGGAUGCAGGCAAGAAAGUAAAGUUGCCCGAUUCUAAGACAGAUAGUGAAACUGAUGUUCUUGCUGAUCCUGUCGCGGAGAAACUUCGUCAACAAAGACUUGUAGAGGAGGCUGAUUACAAGUCAACAACGGAGUUGUUUGCAAGAAAGGGCAACGAAAAAUCUCUUGAUAACUUUAUCCCCAAGUCAGAGAAUGAUUUUAUGGAGUAUGCAGAGCUACUCUCUCAUAAAAUUCGUGCUUAUGAGAAAAGCUAUCAUUAUAUUGGGCUAUUGAAAGCAGUCAUGAGGCUUUCCAUGACCUCACUGAAGGCAGCAGAUGCUAAGGAGAUAGCAUCCUCUGUAGCAGCUAUAGCAAAUGAGAAACUUAAAGUCGAGAAAGAAGCCAAUGUUGGAAAGAAGAAACAAGGAGCAAAGAAGAAGCAGCUGCAUGUGGAUAAGCCAGACGAUGAUAUGAUUUCAUCAACAUACGAUGAUGCAGCAGAGGAUUAUGACUUCAUGUAAUAUGCAGAAUUGGAAAAUAGUGUAUUGUUGUGGCAUGCCUUUGCAAACUCUUAAGAAAUUAGAGAGCAGCGGUAGUUCUUUAUCUGAGGAUCUGUGUGAGUAGUAGAUCUCAGUUGUUUUUUCUUUGAUAUCUCCAAUCCAUUGAGAUUUAAUUCAUCAUUUUGACCAAUAAGGUAUAGCAGUGUAUUGAGAUUGGCUGCUGUCUGGAAGCCUUUCUGUGGGAAGUCAGAUGUUUAAAGUAUUAUACAAUUGAGUUUAUACUAGUGUGUUAUAUUGAGAUAUUUUAUGCAGCGUUUGAGCUGUUUUUCUCUUUGGAGAAGUUUUAUAUCUAGUAA